GUACCAUAUAGAGAGAAAAAACUAUCAAAUCGAACACAGCCAGAGUUGCAUUUUGCUGUUGUACUCCAUGGAGACAGUACCGAUCGUCAUGAGAGUGUGAAGAAGUGGAGAGCGUUAUGCACCCCAGGUUAUUUGUAUUAAUUGGUGCUUAAGUAUUGCAACGCUAAAAAAAGUCCUUUGUACUGCAGCUCUACAGCCGAGCCAAAAAAUGUUGAGAGACGAGGUCAGAACAAAAGAAAGCUGGAUCUGUCCAGCACUGCUUUUGAAGCAAUCAGCCCUUUUUAACCUUUUGCCUGCAUCAGUUAACGUUUUCUUCCUUUAUUUCAAACUACCACUAAAAUAUUGGUGAGCUUUACAGAGAAAAUUCUUCCCCGGCAGUAUUUAUGGGAUUGGAAGAAAGGAGGGAGUGCUUCUUGUUGGUGAGUGACUGAGAGAGAAGAAUGGAGCGUUUGUUUGUUGCUGGUUUUGCUCUUUUGCUUGCUGUUAGCUUCGCGCAGGCCAAGCAGCGGCCUCCAACUUUCGACGAGAAUUUCUCUGUUAUGUGGGCUGACGACCAUGUACAAACAACUGGAGAAAAUGGGAGCCUUGUGCAGCUAAUGCUCGAUAGAAACUCUGGAUCCGCCUUCUCGACGAUAAAAAAGUACCUGUUUGGAUUCAUCAGCAUGAAUCUCAAGCUGGUUCCGGGUGAUUCAGCCGGAGUUGUCACUGCUUACUACCUAUCGUCCGAGACCGACAACCGAGAUGAGCUCGACUUCGAGUUCCUUGGCAACCGAUCCGGGCAGCCAUAUACUUUGCAAACCAACGUCUAUAGCAAUGGAAAGGGAGAGAGGGAGCAGCGGCUGAUGCUCUGGUUUGAUCCCUCUCAAGACUUCCACGCUUACUCGUUCCUCUGGAACAAGCAUCAUAUUGUGUUCUACGUCGACAAGACCCCCGUCCGCGUCCACAGGCUCACAAGCGCCACCCAAGACGUGUUCCUGUCCAAACAGCCAAUGCGGCUCAUCUCGAGCAUCUGGAACGCCGACGGCUGGGCGACGCGCGGUGGAAAAGAGAAGAUCGACUGGAGUGGAGCGCCGUUCGUGGCGUCCUACGCCGAAUUCACCGUGGAUGGAUGCGACGAAGGGGACGCUGCGUGCCUCGCAAACACGAGCAGCCCCUGGUGGGAUAGGCCGAGUUCGUGGGAGCUGAGCGUUCAAGAAGAGCAAGCGCUGGGCGUGGUGAGAUCCAAGUUCUUGAUAUAUGACUACUGCCUAGACACCAACAGGAAUCCAUCACCUCCUACCGAGUGUAGUGUUAAUCCCAAGUAGAUCUAUCAAAAGUAUGUGCCUUCCAAAACCA